CUUUUUUGUUAAGCUCUGCUGAUGGCAGUAACGGAACAGUUAACUGGACGACUAAGCAAGCCCACAGUUAUAUUAUCAGCAGAAUAAAGGCUGCUGAGAAGAAUGUGUACACGAUCCUGUCUAAGGUGCACUCUGACCGCAACGUGUACCCCUCUGCCGGAGUUCUCUUUGUUCAUGUUCUGGAGAGAGAGUACUUUAAGGGGGAAUUUCCUCCUUACCCAAAGCCUGGUGAAAUAAGUAAUGAUCCUAUAACUUUUAAUACCAACUUAAUGGGUUACCCUGACAGACCGGGAUGGCUGCGCUAUAUCCAGAGGACCCCGUACAGCGAUGGAGUGCUGUAUGGCUCGCCAACCGUAGAAAAUGUGGGCAAACCAACCAUCAUUGAGAUCACUGCGUAUAACAGGCGUACCUUCGAGACAGCAAGGCAUAAUUUGAUCAUUAACAUAAUGUCAGCAGAAGAUUUUCCUUUACCGUAUCAAGCGGAGUUCUUCAUAAGGAAUAUGAACGUCGAAGAGAUGUUAGCAAGUGAAGUUCUUGGUGACUUUCUGGGAGCAGUGAAAAACGUGUGGCAGCCAGAACGCUUGAAUGCUAUAAACAUCACUUCAGCCCUCGACAGGGGAGGCAGAGUUCCGCUUCCUAUUAAUGACAUGAAAGAGGGGGUCUAUGUUAUGGUUGGGGCAGAUGUUCCCUUCUCCUCCUGCUUACGGGAAGUGGAAAACCCACAAAACCAGCUGAGGUGCAGCCAAGAGAUGGAGCCUGUCAUAACCUGUGAUAAAAAAUUCCGCACUCAAUUCCAUAUUGACUGGUGUAAAAUCUCUCUGGUUGACAAUACAAAGCAAGUUUCCACCUUUCAGGAAGUGAUUCGUGGAGAAGGGAUAUUGCCGGACGGUGGGGAGUACAAGCCCCCUUCUGACACGCUGAAAAGCAGAGACUAUUACUCGGAUUUCCUAGUCACACUGGCCGUGCCCUCGGCAAUAGCACUGGUGCUCUUUCUCAUACUUGCCUAUAUCAUGUGCUGCCGACGGGAAGGAGUGGAAAAGAGAAACAUGCAAACACCAGACAUCCAGCUGGUCCACCACAGCGCGAUACAGAAAUCCACCAAAGAGCUCCGGGACAUGUCGAAAAACCGCGAGAUCGCUUGGCCUCUGUCGACCCUUCCCGUGUUUCACCCAGUGACCGGGGAGAUCGUGCCGCCCCUUCACCCGGACAGCUACGAUAACACCAGCACGCCGCUCAUGCAGACCCAGCCGAACCUGCCACAUCAGACUCAGAUUCCACAGCAGCGGAGCGCAGGAGAAUUUCGCAUGACAACAUUUCAAAGAUUUGAGGUAAAUGGUAUUCCUGAGGAGAGGAAACUAACAGAAGCGAGGAAUUUGUAA